AUGGCUCACGGAAGAACCAACGGAAGCAAACUCCUCUGGAUGGCGCUGUAUAUGGUGGCGUCGUGCAGCGCCGUCCCCAUCAGUGACCUGCUCGACCGAGCCUCUCAGCGCUCUGACAAACUGCACUCCCUCAGCACAACGCUCACCCAGGAGCUGGACUCCCAUUUCCCUCCUAUAGGUCGGAUGAUGACACCCCGCCCCUCCAUGUGCCACACCUCAUCUCUACAGACGCCCAAUGACAAAGCACAAGCUCUACAAGUAUCAGAGUCAGACCUGUUGUCAUUGGCUCGCUCUCUGCUCCAAGCCUGGGUGGACCCCCUAGUAGCCCUGUCGACCUCUGCUUACACUCUGCCUCACCCAGGACAAAGCAGCAUAUCCAACAAGAUCCAGCAACUGCAGGAGCACUCCAAGAGCCUGGGAGACGGCCUGGAUAUCCUGUCUGGCAAGAUGGGUCCAGCGGCUCAGACCAUCUCCUUUCUGCCCUACAGAGGAGGCAAUGACAUAGGCCAGGACAAGAUUUCCAAACUGAUCAACUUCCAUUUCCUGAUGUCCUGCUUCCGACGGGACUCCCACAAGAUUGACAGCUUCCUGAAGGUCCUGCGCUGCCGGGCGGCGAAGAUGCGACCCGAGCUGUGCUAAAGAGGGAG